CGAUCUAGUUCACGUCUAGAACAUCCGUCCAAUGCACGUCCGAAAUAUUGCCGGGCCAUUCAUCUCGUUCCUCUGUCAUCUAUCCACGAGUACUACUGCAAGUUCUGUCCGUUUUGUAUCCUGCACACAGCAUGAUUGCACCCGUGUCAUUGAGAUACAUCACACGGCACGUCCAACUACCAUCAAUCAGUGUGUACUCAGACGACAACCGUUGGAUGGAACGAACGGGAAAGUGGACGAGUGAAAGUCAAAUCUGUCCAGAUCUGACAUCAGAAUCAAUAGUCAUUGGAACGAAAAAAUAAAACCCGUCGUAAUAUUCCGAGGCGUGGGCACUGGACUAACACCACCUCACCCGUCAUAAGCAAACACUUCCUUUCCAUGCCAAUCUCUUCUUUUGAAAAAAUCUACGUCGCCCC